GAGAUGCUCGUUUCAGCACCGCGGACAGCUCCCGGUAAAAGCAGCCAGCAGCAGCGGGUCGGUCCUCUCCGCUGCUCUGAAAAAAAAGAGAAAGAAUCUAGAUUUUUUAUUUUUUUUUACACAUCUAUAACACAGCAAAUAAGAUAUGUUUUUUCGAGAAGGGGACUUAGUUGAAUUCAGUCCGGAUCAGGCGACAUAUUUGUAGGGACAGGCUACAGACACAACCCUUACAGGACUCCCGAGGCUUGCGUGUGCAAUCUCUGCGAAGUUUCUCGCCUCCGAAAGGCAUCCUGCCUCCUCCCACUGGUCUGCACAGCCCGGAAAAACUGCCGAUGUUCAAGGGAAGUUGAAGAGAGAGUGACAGCACAUCAGCCCCUUCUCCUGUUUGGACUAUAUCCUAAAAUAAGUUGUUGGACUUUCUCUUUUCGCAGAAGGAUUUCUAUUUGUUGGAAAAUACUACUUCUAGUAUCAAAAAGGCAAGCAAGACAAGUUUCAUUCGGUGCUAUAGGCUUCUUACAGCACCCCCUCCCUUACUGCUCUUAAAUUAGCCACUGAUUCAAGGCUUGGAUGUGCCCGGAUACAUUUCUCUUCUCUCGCAGCACUGAUUCCUUCGUCCUCCAAGUCACCCAUCUCAGCCUUUUAAUUUAACAUCCACAGAGGAACGCCCCGGACUGCAAUCCCCCCCCCCAUUUUCGAAAACUGCUAAAGACUGGUAGGUGAACAUGGCCAUGGAUCGAUUAAAUAUGCUUAUUCAGUUUGUUGUGGGAUGAAGUUGGAAGCCCUGCAUCAACACAGAAUAACGGAGGACACCGCUUAGGAACUUUUAAAAAUCCUGAUCCGUCGUUUUCUUUUCUUUCUUUGCUGUAGAAAUAGGUGUGUAGCCUGUUUGUAGCUGUUCAUGACGGAAACGAUGGCGCUGAGUGGAAACUGUAGGACUAACCCCAAAGAGCAAGCUUCAGUUCAGAACAGUUUCCCAGAUGUUGUUGAAUUAAACGUAGGGGGGCAGGUUUAUUACACGCGUCACUCAACUUUGGUGGGCACCCCGAAUUCAUUACUCGGCAAGCUAUUCUCCUCCAAAAAAGAUACAUCUAACGACUUGGCGAGAGACCCCAAGGGCCGUUAUUUCAUCGACAGAGACGGGUUUUUAUUCCGGUAUGUGUUGGACUACCUCCGAGACAAGCAAGUCGUCCUCCCGGACCACUUCCCGGAGAAAGGGAGGCUCAGGAAAGAGGCGGAGUACUUCCAGCUGCCCGACUUAGUUAAGCUCCUGACCCCUGACGAUAUCAAGCACAGCCCGGAUGACUUCUUCCACAGCGACUAUGAAGAUGGGUCCCAGGGCAGCGACCACCGGCAGUGUCCGCCUCCCUCUCUCGUCCCCGCGGACAGAAAAAGCGGCUUCAUCACAGUGGGGUACCGGGGGUCAUGCACCAUGGGCCGAGAGAGUCAGACCGACGCCAAGUUCCGGAGGGUGCCUCGGAUAUUGAUAUGCGGGCGGGUGGCACUCGCCAAAGAAGUUUUCGGGGAGACCCUGAACGAAAGCCGGGACCCGGACAGGACCCUGGAUCGGUACACCUCCCGGUAUUACCUCAAGUUCAAGCACCUGGAGAGGUCUUUUGACAUGCUGUCGGAGUGUGGUUUCCAAAUGGUGGCCUGCAACUCGUCAGUCACAGCCUCGUUUGUCAACCAGCACACAGAGGACAAGAUCUGGUCCAGUUACACAGAAUACGUCUUCUGCCGUGGUCCAUCACGUUGGUCCUCCCCUCCAUGCGACUGCUGCUGCAAGAACCACAAGGGCGACGGCGAGGGCGAGAGCUGCACAUCCUUCAACGAGCUCUCCACCUCCAGCUCUGAGAGUCAGUCAGAAGCCAGCUCACCCCAGGGAACAGUCAUCUGCGGCCCAGUCAGCCGCCAGUCACACCCCCACGCCAACGUCCAAACCCUGGACAGGCCGCUGAAAAAGGGCCCCAUCGCCAUACUCCAGCAGUCCGAACAGCGGCGCAAGAGUGACUUGCUUCGCACGCUCACGGCGAGCUCGCGCGACACCAGCACCUGCAAGAAAAGGCCGGCGAAAGAGAAGAUGACGGCCGAGGAGGAGCUGGAUAAGUGCAUUCAAGACUUCCGCAAGAUCAAGAUCCCGGAGAGGUUCCCCGAGAGGAAGUACAUGUGGCAAGCCGACCUGCUGAGAAAGUACCGCCUCUGAGCCAGCACGCAGGACAGAGGGAGCAGACACACGAGGCCAAGGAUCAGUUUACAUGUUUUUUGAUCAUGACCUUUGCAACAAAAGGGAGAUUACAAUAAACUCAUUCGAAUCCAAUUUUUGCGGGAACUUUUCCUUCAUGCCAGUAGGUUGAAAGUCUACACAGAAGCUAGUAAGAAGCAUACAAAUCGGACUGUUCUCUUAUUGACGUAUGUAGUGCGUAUGUGUGUGUAUGUAGUUUAGGCCAACUGUAUGUACUGUAAGUAUGUGCUGUACCUUGCUGAAUGCUUCAGAGCUUUGAAUAAUUUAUCCCUGAGGACCAAUUCAAGUGGACGAAAGACGUCGAUAAACCAACUGAAGGGUCGCUCAUGGCUACAAUGGGGGUUAUCGAGGGUUACUGGACUGCACGCACUGUCAUCUGUCAUAAUCUCCCUGGAAAACCAUCACAGGAGCCACAGUUUUAGUCCACAAAGACAACUGGAUUUAGUAUAUGAAUGUGUGUGUGUGUGUGUGUGUGUGUGUGUCUGUGUAUGUCUGUGUGUGUCUGUGUGUGUGUGUGUGUGUGUGUGUGUGUGUGUGUGUGUGUGUGUGUGUUCGCACCCAGGUGGCCUAGAGGUCACAGAUAAAUCUGCAUCAGGACCCAUUAAUAAUUCAUGCUGUCCCGACAGUGCUCUCACUAUAAAUACACCCAGAGCUCUCUGCUGCCACGGUGGCGUAAACAGCUAGGUCAAUUACUUAAUUUUAAGGUAGCAUUUGAUCACUUCUGAGGCGAGAGGAGGUACAAUUUCAUCAGCAGCACAAUUAAUUUCCUCUUUCUAAUAUCAGUUAUAUUGCAAACGUAGCCCAAGUGAAUAACACAACCUUGCAUUGCGUUGAUUUUUUGCAAUUGCCAGGUUACUGUACGAAGGAUAAGUAAAAGAGUAAAGGAUUUGAUUUGAUGGCCAAACCAUGGGGAAGUACAAUAAAGAGAGGUUCAAUAAAGAAAAGUCACAUUGUAACACACCUAUACACACACACACACACACACACACACACACACACUUUUCCAUUUACACCAUAGGCAUGUUGGUCAAUUACUUUACCAAAACGACCAUCCCUUCAUUCCCACAUAGAAAGUGAUCAAUCGUGAGUUCAUUUAACGCAGGCUCAAUAUGACACCGACAGUAAAUACAGACGGAAUGGGACAAGAUCGCUACACAAGCUGAGCUGUCGACACAGACGGAUGCUCUCUACCCUCACUGCUGACACGGUGAUCGAUAGGUAUUGAUGAUAGGUUCCGGUGAAAGAGCUGAUAGAUGUGGUUCUUGUUUACAGUUAUUAUUGUAGCCCGCUAACAAAGAUAAACUGGUCGCGCAUUUAAUGCCAUUAUUCAUUCAUGCAUUUAUGUACACCCGCCUCUGUAUUGUGAUGUGGUUACAGGAACACAGAUGGCAGACAGCUAUUUUUAAAACAGUGCAAUUCAAGGAAAACUACUUAUACAGUCGUGUGACUAUCAGAACGAUUUAGAAAUUAUGAUGAGUGCUAAUUAAAUUGGCGACCACUGCAAAUGACAAAAGCACACAGACAUUUAGUGAUGUUUUAAAUGGAGAAAUAGGAUGAUAAAUGCCAUUUAACACAAUCAUUGCCAGAUUAGUUUAUUGUUUAUUUAAACAAGUUGAUGAUAUUGACAUGACAAUCUCUGUUUUAGGAGAGAUGUGUGUAAAGCACAGAACAUAUGUUAAAAUAAUUCAACAUAUUGUACAGCUAAUUGUCAAAAACAACUACAUGAUGCAGUGAGAAUUAGAGUUCACAAUAUUCAAAUAUAUUAAAAAAGAAAAUCUAACUUUAACUGUGAGGGGCAAAAAAAUAAAAGCAUGCUGUCCAAAGUAAUGUGGGAGGAAACUGUCAUUAUGUUCAAAGUACGAGACAAAUUUGAUCCGAUUUAGUUCAUGCUUCCAUAAAAGGAAAUAGUUGAUACAGUUAGUAAACUGCUUUCAGAACCGUGUUUGUUAAACGCAGCUUCAGGUAAAUAUCUUGGUAUUUAUGAAUAGCGUGAUAGAUAAAUGCGAAGAAAGAUGUACUUCAGGUUAGAAAGUUGUGAAUCGUGAUGAAGUGACUUGUAUAGAUGGAAGUUCAGAAUGACCUUCUUGGUAGUAGAAUGACAAUAAAAGAAAACAAAAGAGGAAGCUGCGGAAAGCAUUUUCACAGAUUUAAAGCUUCUCAUUAUUUAUUGUUAUUGCAGCUUAUGAAAGUGCAGAAGAAUGGGCUUUAUAAACAAUCAGAGCUUUUACACAGCACAAGGUUUUUAGUUUGUAAAGGUAAACUAAAAGCACACACGCACAAAAGAAUAAAAUAUGCACAGCAUAAACCUAUUCAGAGAUCAGUUUAAUCAAAAAUAUCCCUUAUAUGUUAAUAGAAAUGGACAAUUGAAAAAUAAAUCUUCUAUUAUACUUAUUUUUCUAUCUAAAGGCCUUUAAAUUAAUAGCUUAGCAAAUGCCCUUAUGUUGCCCAUAUAAUGUAUUCAAGUGGUUCAUGGGUGGUGAGACAUUUCUAGUUAUAGUAUCUUCAGUGGUGCCCAUAUGUCUGCUGUGGUUUAUUAUAGUACACAUUAAUAUGGUUGCAAUAGGUGCUAGAUACAAACCAACCAUUUUCCUCAUAUCAAUACAAUGAAUACGACUUAUUUUUCUACAUUGCUGGGAUAUUACAUUUUCAUUUUAAAGUCAUUCAUCUGAAGUUGACACAUUAUAUGUAAAUAAACACCAUAACUCAUACCUAAACAGAAUAAGGUAUUAUACUCUGUAUAUAACAUGCAAAUCCAUGAGGUGCUGCUGCUACAUUGUUUUUAGUGAUGCAGUAGACUGACGCUAAUGUAAUACAGCCAUUCUUGUUUUAACACUUAGAGUGUUGGGCCAUCAGGGACAAGGGGGGGGAAAUAUAAUACACACCUAUAACAUAUUAUAUAUAUUUACCACUAUAACAAAUGAUAAGCUACCUGCUUUCCGAGAAAACCGUGUCAUAAACUGGAUGUCAGCACAUUUGUCUGACAGUGCUAAGAUAUUUCAGCAAUGCAGAAUUGCAAUCAAUACAUCUAAAGAUAUAUAUAUAUAUAUAUAU